AUGCGGCGUCGCGAGAGCAACUUGACGCUGGACGAGGAGGACGACGCCGCGGUCGAGCUGGAGCACCUCGAGCAGCCCUGGAUGAGCGCCGAGCUGUUCGAGACGCUGUGGCUCCAGGCGACGCAGCAAAUGAGCUCCAGCUGCACGUUUCUCAAGCCGGACGCGAGUCGGGAGUCGACGGCGAGCAAGUCACCGCCUUGUUCUGGUGCCUGCAGUUUCCAGCAGCAGUUUCUAUCGACUCUAAUGACGGACCUCGUCGUGUUCCCGCAGCGGACAGGACGGCCCACAGACGCGCCCUUUGCGGUCCGAGCGUACGCGAGUGUCACGGACAAUUUCGGACUCAAGACAGUGCUGCUCGUGCGGAUGGAGCAGCUGUAUGGCUCGGAGCAGAUCGGCAUUACCGUGAAGAACACUGACCCCGUGCAUCGGACGCGGAUGGCUGCGUUCCUGGGGCUCUUGCAACAAUGCAUUCAGCCAGGAAGUGCGCCCAGGAGACCACAAGCGAGACGGAAAUAUGCAGACACCAGCAAGCUGUUUAUGGAACGAAGUACUGGCCAAGGGCAUGCUGACGUGGGUAAAGCAGUGCUACCAGGUCCUCUUUCGGUGCAGGGAAUGCCGGCACAAGUGUCUUCUGAGCUCGUGACAGAGUCGCUGACAGUGCCACUUCCGGCUGAACGCGGGAGAUCACACACAAUACGAUAUCGAACGGACCGUGAUAUUGCAUUUGAAGGUUACUUGAGUAAGAAAAGUGACGUGCUUGCGAGCUGGAAGGCGACGUACUGCGUGCUAGAGGAAGACACAAUGGCCUUCUACGAGACGCGAGAAGACUUUAUCUCGAACAUGAAACUCAUCGGCCGAAUCCAGCUUCAAGCAAUUGAGGACGAAGACGCAGACAAGCCGAACGGCUUUCGUUUGAUUGCUGAAGGCAAGCGUAUUAACCAUUUGAGCUCGCGGACCGCGUUUGAGAAAGAGCAGUGGAAGCGAGCGAUCCAUAUCGCUAUUUCAAACGCACCCGAGGUGGCCCGUCCGUACGUCGCGUUUGCGUCGCAGCCGUUAGAGCCGCACCAAUUCUAUCAACUUCUAGGCUCACUGUUGCGCCAAGAAAUCGACGAUUUCCCGCUGCUCUUUCGGAGUAUGCAUCCGGAUGUGGUUGUCACGUCCAACUUUCCUCCAAUCGUGCCGUUCUGGGGGCAGUAUCGCCGGUACGAUGGUGUUCUGCUGUUCUUUUCUACACUUUUGGACACGGUCACGGUGGAUUCUUUCUCCCUUCUGGAAGUCAUUGAGCUGGUGCGAGGCGACGCAGAUUGCGUCGACGAUGUUCAGCAAGACCCUGUCACUCCUUCUCCGAUCUCGGCUGACUCGCAUGUUUUGUCUCCUAGAACAACUGAUGCACCAAAGUCAAUCCCCGUCAGUGCAUCGACACCAUCAUCGCAAUGGACAAGGCGUCUAGUUGUCACAGGAAAAGAGACUUACAACCUGCAUAGCGGGGACAAUCGGCGCGUAACACAGCUAUUUGUGCAUGAGCUGUGGUUAGAUCACAAGGACCGCUUAGUGAGAUGGCAUUUGAAUGGCGAUGCUGUCGCACUUUCGGUUGCAUUUGACGAUGCCCCAAGAGGGGAAAACAUCCGGCUCGUUUUGCCGGGCGAAGCGUCAGCUCUUUCGCACUCGAUUCCGCCGGGAACCUUUUACGUACAAAUUUUGCAGGCCCAGCAGCUUCAUGUGAGUGAGGGCGGGAACGACUACGCACCGAAAACGGAUGGUCAGAGUUCUUCUAGUGCUCUUGCUUCGAAGAAGGGAUACCCAGUGUACGCCCGAUGUAUCCUGGAGGAAGGCAACCACAUGGAACAAACAUUGCGUGGACUGGAUGUCAAAGGAGAUGGAAACGGACUCGAUGAGCUCGCCACGCCGUCGCUGAAUACGCUAGAUAAAGAGACCCGCCGCCGUCCGUCCAAAGGAACCCGGUUCUUUCGUGGAUUGAGACGUGCUGCUGGGAUUUCCGGUGAACGAACUGUCGCGAUAUUCGGCGACCCAAGCGGAUGUGUUACGAAUAUCUGCAAGUGCUCGUCAACGACGUCCCCGGGUGGCCGCCAUAAAGUCGGAACACUCAGCCCUGAAUGGUUGAGUAAUCUUCGGCUGGAAUUCCCGGGCUGCACGCGCGGCUUCACAUAUUUUCUGAAGGUGGAGGUGUUCCAAAGUCGCUUUAUGCUUCCGGAUGAACUGCUCGGCGUCUGCAAGAUCAAUGUGACACCACAUUUAUCGCUUGUUGCAGGAUCCGCGGAUGCCAAGGCAAAUGGUGCUCUUCCUCGCUGGCACAAUUUGUGUGACCAGUACAAUGACUGCAAGGAAUCAUGGGCACCACCGACAGUGUUCCGGGGUCGGAUUCAGCUUGGUAUCAUUUUCGCUCCGUCAGUAACGUCUGCUGACAACUUUAGUCAGCUGCGGCGCCUGGCAAGCGAUGGAGGGUUAGUGGAAUCAAGGCGAAGUUCUGCUGAUGAAAAGUUGUUGCACAGCUUGUCUAGCUACAACCUCCGAGAACUUAUUCGGUCUGAUAAGCGAGCGUCGUCUGGAGCAUCUGAUUAUCCGCGAGGAAGAGGCAAACGAUACGUUUCUCGUCAAAUCGAAGGCAAAACUGAUUCGUUUGAAAAAUGCUCGAAUAAGGUAAUCAGUGCAGUCGCUGUGACGGCAACAAUUGAAGAUGAUAAUGACCAUGAGCUCGCAAGGUUAUCUCGCGAUAACCACACCUUUCUGGGGAAGACGACAAUGUUUGAUGUUCCGAAAAAGUACCAGCUGAUAAAGGUGGUAGGUGCUGGUACCUACGGCGAAGUGGUCGCUGCAAGCGACGUUGAAUCAGGAGCAACCGUCGCGAUAAAAAAAGUCACCAACGCGUUCCAAGACCUGCCUGAUACAAAGCGAAUUCUCCGGGAGCUGUGCUUGCUUCGUCAACUGAGUCAUCCGCAUCUGAUCCAGCUUUAUGACAUUCCUCGGCCGGAACGUUUGUCUUAUUUGGAGGACAUUUAUCUCGUGACUGAUCUUAUGGAAACUGAUCUACAUCGUGUAAUCCAUUCCACGCAAACACUGACUGACGAGCACGUCGCGCACUUCAUGCGACAGAUUCUGCGUGCUUUGACGUACUUACACUCCGCGGAUGUACUCCAUCGAGAUCUGAAGCCGUCAAAUAUCUUGGUAACGAGUACGUGUGACAUCAAGAUUUGCGACCUCGGUCUUGCGCGUUAUGUGGAUUAUUCAAAAGCAAUAAGUAUCAGGGGACGCUCGCACGAUGACAUGCUUGUGGAGCUGACUGAAUAUGUUGUCACGCGAUGGUAUCGCGCCCCUGAGAUUCUCCUGGACGGUUGCUGGUACGACAAACCCUCCGAUUUAUGGUCAGCUGGAUGCAUUUUGGGUGAACUGCUUGGCCGCAAACCGUUGUUCCCAGGGUCUAGCACUACCAAUCAGCUAAGCAAGAUCUUCAACGUGCUUGGCACACCCGACGUUUUUUUUAUCUCCAAGAUUCAGAAAGAAGCCGCACAAAAAUGGGUUACUCGUCAACGACGGCGCCCGAAGAUUCCUUUUGAAGAGCUCUAUGUAAAUGCAAAUCGACAGGCACUGGAUCUUUUGGAAAAGCUACUCGUGUACGACCCAAAGCGGCGCAUUACCGCUGCUGAGGCUCUUCGUCACCCGUAUUUACAGGAGGCAUUCCGAUCGGUGGUGGAUGACAACAUUGGAGAUGACAAGUCAUACUAUUAUAACGAAGUGGAGCAGAGGGAAGAUCAGUUCGUGGGUACAAUUGACGACUCGAAUGAGUACGUGGCCGAGACAAAGGAGGAAAUGCAAAAGGCUGUGUUUGAGCAGGUGUGCCACUUUCAUUCCGAGGCGCGGGAAUUUGAGAAGUGUUUGAAAAAGCACGACGAAAAGUUCUGUAUAGACCCGAACACUGGCAAAUUGGUGUCUCUCAAGAGUGCACAGGAGACUUGA